ACGCCGAGGUCUUCCGUUUCAGUGUUCAGUAAAAUUGAAGCCGAAAGAAGAUUCGUCCGUGUAUUUUAGAUCGAUUUUGUAUGUUGAGUUUUACGCUCGAAUAUGCAGUUGUUUGUGUUUUAUUUGCCUGGAAAGAUUUUUAUGAAAGGUCAGACUAUGCAGCGUUCAUGUUGACGGAAGUAGACGUGGAGUUUUCAGUUUGUCCGGCGGCUCGGCUGGAAACAGCGACGUUUCUGUCAAAUGUAGCUGAAUUUUCAAGAGUUAGCGUUUAGCUACGUUAAUCUUUGGGUUAUAAACCAUAAUCGUUCACGCAACUCUAUAGUCUGCUUUCUGUAAUUUAGCAAUGCACGCUUUUAACGAGGAAUACCUGAAACACGGUGAACUUAUUGCUGUGGGAGCUAGUUAGCUAGCUACAUUAGCUUGAACUGUCAUUCAUUAAUCUGAUGACUGCUCUGUUGAGCGGCUGAGUUACAGCUUGCUGAAAAUUCAUGAAGCAGUUGUGGUUUAAAACAACGAAAGAGGUCGUACAUUAGCUCUUGCUAUUUUGUUAAGAUGUCCUUAGAACUACUUUCGUCUACUUUAGGAUUUAUAAGCAUAUUAACUAAAGUUGGUAGUUCAAUAGUCUGACAGACGUAACCGACAGACAGGAGUCUGCCUGUGUUUUCUCUGAAUAGAAGGCUUGAAAGCUUCAUAGUCGUGUUCGGUGAAGGAAAAAUGUUUAUGUACUGACAAGGAACUCACUAACUUUUCUCUCGAACUUAAACGGUCCGCAUCGCUCUGUCCAAGCUAUAUUACAGUAAUAGGUAAAGUAAUAGUUUUAGUUAAAUUGAAAAAUGUCUCCCAUUCCCAUCCUCCCCCUUAUUAUCAACUGCUGCAUGUCUGCUCUUGGGUGUGUUGCGACACUCAAGCUCAUUCCAGCCUUCAAGGAGCAUUUCAUAUCUGCCAGGCUCUAUGGCCUGGACAUGAACAAAACAAGCAAAAAACAAGUGCCAGAGUCUCAAGGUGUGAUCAGCGGCACAGUCUUCCUCAUCAUCCUCUUCCUCUUCAUUCCUGUGCCUUUCCUUGGUUGCUUCGUGGGAGAGCAGUGUCGUAGCUUUCCACACAAUGAGUUUGUGCAGCUGAUUGGUGCAUUGUUGGCCAUCUGCUGCAUGAUCUUCCUUGGGUUUGCUGAUGAUGUGCUAAACCUGCGAUGGAGACACAAGCUGUUGCUGCCCACAAUGGCCUCACUGCCUCUCCUCAUGGUCUACUUUACCAACUUCGGCAACACUGUCAUAGUGGUGCCCAAACCGUUCCGGGCCCUGCUGGGGAUGCAUCUGGAUCUAGGUAUCCUGUAUUAUGUAUAUAUGGGCAUGCUAGCUGUGUUCUGCACUAAUGCCAUCAACAUCCUGGCUGGCAUCAACGGCAUUGAGUCUGGACAGGCCCUCUUCAUCUCUGGCUCCAUCAUCAUCUUCAAUGUACUGGAGCUCAACGGAGACUACAGAGAUGACCAUGUUUUCUCUUUGUACUUCAUGAUCCCUUUCUUUUUCACCACGCUGGCCCUGUUCUACCACAACUGGUACCCCUCUUCAGUAUUUGUAGGAGACACGUUCUGUUACUUUGCUGGGAUGACAUUUGCUGUAGUGGGCAUUCUCGGCCAUUUCAGCAAGACCAUGCUGCUAUUCUUCAUCCCCCAAGUCGUAAACUUCAUAUAUUCUCUGCCUCAGCUGUUCCGCAUAGUCCCAUGUCCUAGACAUCGUUUGCCCAGAUUGCAGGCGGACACUGGAAAGCUUGGCAUGAGCUACUCUAAGUUUAAACAGAAGGACCUUGGCAAAUUAGGACAGCUUAUUAUAAAGGUGGCAGAAGUGUUAUGGCUGCUAGACGUGCGCAGGGGUCAGGAGGGAGAUGAUGAGUUUAUUGAGUGCAAUAACAUGACCCUAAUUAACCUGGUGCUGAAGAUACUAGGCCCCACACAUGAAAGAAACCUCACAGCCAUUAUGCUCUUAAUACAGGUCUUGGGGAGUGUGAUUGCUUUCGGAAUCAGGUAUCAUCUGGUUCGGCUCUUCUAUGAUGUCUAGCCCUCGCCACACAGAACGCAUAAGAGCAACAGGGACUUCCCUCCUGAAACAACAUUACUGUAUUUCUAACAACGGAUUAAGAGCAAUUCUGAAUGGCUGCAAGUCAGCCUCUCAUUUACCACUUGCCUGAGGAUCUGUUUACAGUGUCAUACAAUUCAAGCACUGUGUUAACACUUCCAUAUGUGAAGGUGCACAGUCAAGCCUUUCAGCAUCAUGGUUCAAUCGUCUUGGACAGAAGGGCAACAGUCAAAAUAAUUCUGAAAUGUACCAAUUCUAAUACAGUAAUGAAGUGGGAUAAAUGAGCAUCACAUUAACUCUGUCCGAACUAUUUAGCCUAUGGCAGAAGCAAUACUGAAGGAAUAUAGAAACAUUGCUAUUUCAGAGACAAACUGCCUGGCAAAUGUAAUUGUUUGAAUGAGUAAAUAAAAAGGUAGGACCACUGAAGUACUUCAGCAUUAAAUUUUAUGCCUGCAGUGAUUUCUUUCACUUAGUAAUCCCUAUUCAUUAUUUUUGCACUUGGAAGUGCAAGAGGACUAAAUCUGAAAGCUUGUAGUACAAUCUCAUUUACAUUGUACUCAAGUAAAAGUGCAAAAUGUGGAUUAAAAAAUAAGUAUAGUACAGUACAUAUCAACAGUAACCUCCCAUCUCUAAAUUCUGUUUUGAUGGACUGUAGUUUGGAAAUGUGAGUAGUUUUUCUGGGGUCUUGCCUGUAGGGUCUGGGUUUUUCAGAACACAUUUUAGCCUGAAUGCUGAGCAGCACAAAGCGAAAUAUAUUUGUUGUUACCUGAA